AUGAAUCUGCGUAGAAGAAGAAACAAAGCAAACAACAUGGCAGCAUUCUCAGAACACGUUGAAACGACAUCCACAGUGACAGAAUCUGCUGAAAUGGACAAAACCGAGCCUCCAGAAACCACCGGAGAUUCGACAGCUUCGGAUCUAGAAGCGGCUGAUCCUAAACCAGAGUUGGGUUCUGAUGAAGACGAGGAGGGAGGCGAGCCGCCAGGGCCCACGAUCAGAGACACCCCGGAGGACGUCCACCUGGAGGCGGUCGCCAACACGGUGGCGCUGCACCCGAGCCGGGACAUCCUGGUGUGCGGGGACGUGGACGGGGACGUGUACGCCUUCUCCUACUCAUGCACAGAGGGGCAGAACCGGGAGCUGUGGUCGUCCGGGCACCACAUGAAGUCCUGUCGCCAGGUGCGAUUCUCCGCAGACGGGUCGAAGGUGUUCAGCGUGUCCCGGGACAAGUCCGUCCACCUGCUGGAUGUGGAGCGGGGACAGCUGCUCACCCGGAUCCGAAAGGCGCACGAGAGUCCCAUCAACAGCCUCCUGGUGGUGGACGAGAACGUCCUGGCGACCGGCGACGACGAAGGCACCUUGAAGGUGUGGGAUCUGAGGAAGGGAACGGCCGUCAUGGACCUGAAGCACCACGAGGACUACAUCAGCGACAUCACUGUGGACGAGGCCAGGAGGAUCCUGCUCACCUCCAGCGGUGACGGGACCAUGGGCGUGUUCAACAUCAAAAGGCGGCGCUUCGACCUGGUGUCAGAGUAUCAGAGUGGAGAUCUGACCUCGGUGGCUCUGAUGAAGCGGGGCAAGAAGGUGGUCUGUGGCUCCAGCGAAGGGACCGUCUACAUUUUCAACUGGAACGGCUUUGGGGCCACUAGCGACCGCUUUGCCCUCAAGGCUGAGUCUGUGGACAGCAUCAUCCCCGUCACAGACAGCAUCAUGUGCACCGCCUCCACGGACGGCUACAUUCGAGCCGUCAACCUCCUCCCCAAUCGGGUUGUCGGUUGCAUUGGGCAGCACCCUGGAGAACCCAUCGAGGAGCUGGCCAAGUCCUGGGACUCGCGCUUCCUGAUCAGCUGCGCCCACGACCAGCUCAUCAAGUUCUGGGACAUCUCCUCUGUGCCCCAAAUGAGCGUCAACGAAUACCGGAAGAGGAAGAAGAAGGACGGGCGAAUGAAGCCCCUCAACAAGAAAGCCUUUGGGCAAAACAACGACUUUUUCUCAGGACUUCUAGAGGAAACGGACAAAAAGGAAGAUGAUGAUGAGGAGAAGGAGGAGGAAGAUGAGGACGACAGUGACAGUGAUUGAGCUGUUGUUACAGUGCGUGUGGACACUAAUGUGAGACACCUGCUGUUUCAUUCAAAGUGCCUCAAUGUCUGGAGUAUAGAAAUGAUUAAGAAUGAAUAUGUGACAAACAUAAACGGGGCCUGAAGCUCUGAUCCAAGCGCUGUUCGGUCUUUCUAACACUGAAAGUGAGAUCGCUGUGACAGUGAACUUCCUCCACCUGAAACAGACACAAUGACAAGUAAUUUCAUAGCAGGGCUUAGUUUUAAUUAAAAUGUUUUGGUAAGAGUUGUGUUUUUAACAGCUCUGUUUUUUUUGUUGCUUGUAUUUACGCGUGUGAUAAUGUUGCUUCUUUUAAUUUGUUUAUUAAGAAACAAACAUUUCAAACAUCCACUAGUAUCAAGCAGAAUAUUUCUCAAGUGAUUGUCUGGAUAAUAAACAACAACUGUCUAUGAGUCUAAAA